GGCUCCUCUUCUGGCCGCGGCGGAGCUUCACCGUGCAGGCAGGCAGGCUGCCGCGAACAGAGCCGGUUCACCGCACAUGACUUGUCAUCCAGCUCUGACUGCGCCUCCGCACCAGCGAGCGCAGCAGCUCUUUGCGCUCUUAUGAGUGUCAGGAUGGAUGUUAGUGAGGGGAUUGCGGCAAUGGUGAAGGACAAAACCGAGAGCCAAACCCUGCAGUACCAGCAAACUUUGAUGUAUGGGCGAUACACCCAGGAAUUGGGUGUUUAUGCCAAAGAGGAGGCGGCUCACCUACGUGAUGGAGGAGCACGAGACGGCAUCGGGAUGCGGAGGAACACUAGCGUUCGCAGUCGUGCUGCAGAUCUGCUGGAGUAUGAGAAAGACCCGUGUGCUAAGUGCCAGUUGUGCGCGUCACGCUUCCAGAAGUUUCUGAUCUCUCAGGUGGGGGAGGACUGGAUCUUCCUCAUUCUGCUGGGUUUGCUCAUGGCUCUGGUCAGCUGGGUCAUGGACUAUGCCAUCGCCUUCUGCCAAGAAGCACAGAAGUGGAUGUACGGUGGCCUGGACAGUAACCUUCUCCUGCAGUACAUCGCCUGGGUCACCUACCCUGUUGUGCUUAUCACGUUCUCUGCGGGAUUCACACAGAUCUUGGCUCCACAGGCUGUGGGUUCAGGCAUCCCUGAGGUGAAGACCAUUCUGAGGGGUGUGGUCCUGAAGGAGUAUCUGACCUUUAAGACCUUUGUGGCUAAAGUCAUUGGUCUUACAUGCGCCCUUGGUAGUGGAAUGCCUUUGGGGAAGGAGGGUCCCUUCGUGCACGUGGCCAGUCUGUGUGCUGCGCUCUUGAGCAAAUUCAUGGCUGCUCUCUUUGGAGGGAUUUACAUGGAAGAACCCUUUGAAGGAAGCAAGAACGAGAUGAGGAACACAGAGAUGCUGUCGGCAGCGUGUGCAGUGGGCGUCGGCUGCUGCUUCGCCGCUCCUAUUGGAGGGGUGCUGUUCAGUAUUGAAGUCACAUCGACAUUUUUCGCGGUGAGGAAUUACUGGAGGGGCUUUUUUGCUGCCACCUUCAGCGCCUUCAUAUUCAGAGUGCUGGCAGUCUGGAACCAGGAGGAAGAGACCAUCACUGCUCUCUUUAAGACCAGAUUCCGUCUGGACUUCCCAUUCGACCUUCAGGAGUUGCCAGCCUUCGCCAUCCUAGGGGUGGCCUGUGGUUUUGGUGGCGCUCUGUACGUCUACCUGAAUCGGCUGAUUGUCGAGUGCAUGAGGAAGCGAAAAACUAUUAACAAGUUCUUGCUGAGAAAUCCGUCUCUCCCUGUCAGACGCCUGGUGUAUCCGGCUCUGGUCACACUGCUGGUCUCCACACUCACAUUCCCACCUGGAUUUGGACAAUUCAUGGCUGGACAGCUGACGCAGCAAGAGUCUCUGGUGGCGCUGUUUGACAACCGCACGUGGUGCCGUCAAGGCGUGGCUGAGGAGUUUGAUUACAUCAGUCACCACCAUGCCUGGAAACACCCUCAGGUCAACGUCUUCAUCACCCUCAUCCUCUUCAUCGUCAUGAAGUUCUGGAUGUCGGCUGUGGCCACCACCUUGCCAGUACCCUGCGGAGCCUUCAUGCCGGUUUUCCUUAUUGGUGCAGCAUUUGGCAGGCUGGUUGGAGAAAUAAUGGCAGCUAUGUUUCCUGAUGGGAUACAUGUUGAUGGCAGCGUGUAUCCCAUAGUUCCCGGAGGUUACGCUGUAGUUGGAGCUGCAGCGUUGUCUGGAGCCGUCACUCACACCGUGUCCACUGCCGUCAUUGUGUUCGAACUGACCGGACAGAUCUCGCACAUUCUGCCCGUGAUGAUUGCCGUGAUCCUCGCCAACGCUGUGGCCCAGGCGCUCCAACCCUCCCUAUAUGACUCCAUCAUCCGCAUCAAGAAACUCCCUUAUCUGCCCGAGCUGGGAAUGGGACAUCACGAGAAGUAUAACAUCCAUGUGGAGGACAUCAUGGUCAGAGACGUGCACUUCAUCAAUCUUAAUUCGUCUUAUCGCGAGCUGAAGGAGAUGCUACUGACUGGUCACCUCAAAACGCUGGCCCUGGUUGAAUCCAAAGACUCCAUGAUCCUGUUGGGCUCUAUAGAGCGAGCUCAGCUGCAGGCUCUGCUCUCGCUCCAGCUCGGAUGCCAGCGGAGGAUGGAGCACCUCCGCCGGCUCGCUCACGACAACAGCACCCACGAUCACCCGCACAGCCUGACUCCCAACAGCACCGCAAGCUCACCCGACGCCCACACCAAUUCCGCCUCCACCACCAACGUCUGCCAAGGGGUCCGCUUCCUGGUGAGCUCCCAGCAGAUCUCCACAGAGGCAUCGUCCUCCUUUAAUCCGGUGGCGUCCAGCGUCCAGCUGCCCCUGAAGUCUGCGCUGAAAACUGUUUCCACUCUCAGUGACACAGACACACUCAACAGCUCUCAGACGCUCUCCUGUGCCGACCAGGAGAAGAACCUUUUGGAGAACCUGGCUGGGCCGGCUCCUCCUGAAAAACGAAACCCCAACUGCAAACAAGUCAGGAUCUCCAUGGCGGACUCUCCUGAUGUGGAGGACAGCAUGUCUCAGGCUGAGAUAGCGGAGUGGGAGGAGCAGCAGCUGGACCAACCAGUAGAUUUCAAGAACUGCAAAAUUGACCCCGCCCCCUUCCAGUUAGUGGAGCAAACAUCGCUGCAUAAGACGCACACCAUCUUCUCUCUGCUGGGUCUGGAUCACGCCUACGUCACCAGCAUGGGGCGUCUUGUUGGAGUGGUCUCGCUCAAAGAGCUGCGUAAGGCCAUCGAAGGAUCAGUGACGGUAACUGGAGUUAAAGUUCGACCCCCUUUGGCCAGUUUCCGUGACAGUGGGAACAGCACAAGUGUAUCUGAGGUAACAGAACUCCAUAAGAUUUGCAUUCGCCACAGGGGGCUCUCUUUGCUGCGGGAGCCCAAGCCCCCUAACACAGAGGACAAGCUGGAUCUCCACUACAAAGACAUCCCUGCCAACGUCUCCGAACAAUCAAAUGUGAACUCUGAAAGCAACCCAGGCAGCGUCACAAAUCGAUCAUCAGAGCUGGUGCUGCAGGAAAGUUCCUCAUAUACUGAGGACCAAUCAGAAUUUACAUUUGAUUGCAGCCCCUCCCACACUGAUGAGUCAGAACUGAUUUGUGACUAUGACAUUCAAACAUACACUCCCGAGCCAGAUGAUUCCGAUCGGGGGAAAGAGUACAGAAGUCCCUCUGCAAACGGGCAUCCAUCGGAACCCGAAGGAGAAGCCAACUCCGCCUACAUUGAUGGCUGAUCAGAAUGAUCAGGGGUCAAUGAACAGUAAAGCAGUCCAAACUGUCGCCGCAUGAAUGUCAAACAUUUAUGUCACUCUCACCCAUAAAUCCAGUUGAGAUGGCAACAGUAUGGUUAUAAUGAAUGAGAAUAUUAAUGUCUGGGACUAGAUUUGUGCCAAAAAUAUUCAGCUAACUUUCUUAUGUUUGUAUAUGUCACUCACAUGUAAACUCUGCCCAGAUACCUACGAUAUAUAUAUGAGAGAAGUGUACUCUGA